GGAGGAAAAAAGAAGAUGGUACAGUUGAGGAGCUCAGCCCUCAUUCUGCUGUUGACUCUGCAGUUUGCGGCUGGUUCUUUGGUUCGUCGGUGCUUGAGUCCUGAGGGGAAAUGUGAUUUUGUGUGUGACUGUUCUGACUGCAGCGAUGAGGACGACUGCGGCUACAGAGGAAAAGACUUUCAGUGUGACUUUGAGGACGCAGGAAUGUGCGGAUGGACAGACCAGUCGGUCAACGCGGCAGCGUACAGCUGGGAGAAACGUCAGAGAGGGGACUCACUGCCCGACAGCGGGCCGUCCUCUGACUACACCCUCGGCACAGCCACAGGUUCGUUUAUGGGAGUGAGUGCAGUGAAGACGGAGUCUCUCAGUACUGCGGUUUUAAUCUCCCCGGAGAUGAAAAUGUCUUCACCGACCUGUCGCCUUCGUCUCAGAUAUUUCCUGUGGGACUCAGGUCACACAGGUCUGGGCUCCACACCCUUGUGGGCGUCCAUCCUUCACCAGGACUCUCGAGAGGCCAUAGUGUGGCGUCCUGAGGCCACCAGUGUCCGUGGCUGGAGGGAGGCUAACAUCUUUCUGGGCCAAAUAACCCCCGGCUUCCGAAUCCGCCUUAACUCGCAGCGCUCCAAGGGCCAAAGAGGGGAUGUGGCGGUGGACCACCUGGAGUUUCUGGACUGUGCCGUGCCCUUGCCACUCCCUGGUGAAGAGUGUCCAACAAACAUGAUCGAGUGCAACCGUGAGGGCUGCGUGGAGCAGCGGCAGGUCUGCGACGGCACCGACGACUGCGGUGACCGCACUGAUGAGGACAACUGUGAAGAGUACAAGAGCUGUGACUUUGAGGAGGGUCUGUGUGACUGGGACCUGACCUCCCUGUCCAGGCUGAAAUGGGUCAGGACCAAUCAGCAGAACAUCUCCAGCACGGAUCAUCUGAAAGGACCAGGCAGGGAUCAUUCCGACAACAGUGUGACAGGUCACUUCCUUUAUGUUACUGUCCCUGAUGGCGGUCUUACAGACGACUGGGCCGCCUUCCAAAGUCCCCACCUUGAACCCACCAAUAGUUCACAUCCUUGCAAGAUGGUGAUGUACACUCAUCAGUUUGGGCCGAGGUCCGGUGGUUUGACGGUGCUGGUGGCAGAUAAUAAAAUCUACCCGGUGUGGGGGAGGGCUGGAGCUUUAGGUGAUGUUUGGGUGAAGGCAGAGGUGGAGAUUGUCACCAACUCCACUUUCCAAAUCGUAAUAGUGGCAGCAAUCAGGGACUUUGCAUAUGGUGGUAUCGCCAUCGACAGCAUCGUGCUGUCCCCUGAGUGCCGCUUAACAGCUGCGAAAAACUGCUGUGCUGCUUUCCCUGAAUCUCCUGGCCAGCCAUGCGCUGAACCUGACAAGAUGUGUGAUUUUCAUCCUGACUGUGCUGAUGCAGAGGAUGAAGCGAAAUGCGGAGAUUUCUCUUACACGAAUGGCAGCUCAGGCUGGAUUGACACCAGCAUUGGGAGUCAAGGCUGGCUGCUCUAUGAAAACGUCACUGCCAAAGAGGAGUAUCUGUAUGUAGCCAGUGCCCCAGGCCAGCAGAUGACCGAGGCCGAGACACGGACCCCCUUCCUGGGCCCCACUGGCCCAGCCUGCACCCUGAGCUUUGAUUUUGCUUUAAGUGGGAAUCCAAGUCAUAUUGGUGAGCUGUCCGUCAGGGUGAUUGACAGCUUGCUGGGCCCGCAGCCUAAACUGUGGGAGAUCAGUGGGAAGACGGGAACAGGGGAGGAGGCGUGGCGGCACGCCGAAGUGAAUAUUGGAGUCAGAAAACAUCGCUUCCAGCUGGCGCUGGAAGCUCAUGCGAGAAAAAUUUGUUCAUGCACCAGAAUCAAGGUGAAAAACGUUCGCUUUGGCAGCUGUCAUGCUGACUAUUUUCCAUCUUCUCCAACAGCACUCUCGUGCAACUUUGAAGACGGCCUGUGUGGAUGGUAUCAGGACAACAGUGACAACUUUGACUGGACGGUGCUUGAUGGGAUGGACCACACCAUCGAGAUUGGCAGGAGCCUCAACGUGGACAUGUGGAGUCCUUCUCUGCGUGGUGCAUUCGGGCGCUUAAUUUCGUUCACACAGUCACCAGGUCCCACAGAUUACUGCCUGUCCUUCUUUUACAAACUCUACGGGUCGAACACAGGCACUCUGAAUGUGAAGCUGCUCGACAACGACGGUUAUGAGGUCAUCCUCUGGACCCGCAGUGGAGCUCAUGGCAACGUGUGGCACGAAGCGCACUGCCCGGUACCACACCAGCUCACAAAGUUCCAGCUGAUGUUUGAGGCGGUCCGCUCCGGUUUUGACGGACGUGUGGCCAUUGACGAUGUGACGUUCGUGGACCGCUCGUGCACCGUGCCAAGAACGUGUUCCUUUGAAGGCCAGCAGUGUGGGUACAGCACCUCUGGUAGCGUUCAGUGGCUCCACCGCAACAGACAAACCUCUAAUGCAAGUGGGCCCAAAACUGACCACACUCUGGAGACUGAACUGGGCUUCUACAUGAUGGCUAACACCGCAGGAGACACCCUUCCCUCUGGUGGCACGACAGUCCUCACCUCACCUGUUCGCCAAGGAGUCGCCAAGACCGAGUGCGUCAAUUUCUGGUAUCACAUGGGAGGAGAGAAUCCUGGGUCUCUGACACUGUAUAUGAAGCCAGCGAAGGGGGAAAGGGUGAAGAUCUUCUCUAGCAGUCAGAACCAGGGAGAUGUCUGGCGCCAUGGCAACGGCAACAUCACUAGUACCCUUGUGGACUGGCAGUUGGAGUUUGAGGUGGUCGGAGCCGGAGGCAAAGACACUCACGUUGCGGUUGACGACAUCUUCAUCUCCGCUUACCCAUGUGAAGAUCAAGGUUCUAAGUGCAGUCUGGAGAGAGGGAUGUGUAGCUGGAGCAACACUCAGAACAUCGAAGUGGACCAACUGGACUGGGAGCUGACGAAUCAGGAGGUAGAAAGGCACUACUCCACCCCGGCUGAAGACCACACUCUGGGUACAGAGAAAGGUCACUUCCUGUUCUUUCCGAGCAGCAACCGGACGGCAGCCAAUCAGAACGCCAAGCUGUUGAGCCCUCACCUUCCCCCGACCAAAGGCACCUGCCUGAAAUUCUGGGCCUACAAGCCAUCCUCAUCGAACAAUGAGCUGAAGGUGUGGAGGCUUUCUGACAAUAAGCUCCAUCAGCUGCUGGUGGUGAGCGACCUGGGAGGUCCGUGGAAACGAUUUGACGUCGACAUCGUAGCUACUGAGGAAUACCAGAUUGUGUUUGAAGGGAUCAAAGGCACAUCAGGCGUUGUCGCUUUGGACGACAUCGAGUACACCGUCGGAGUCAACUGUGCUAAAGAAGUCGCAGAUGUGUCGACAAGCUCAGCAGGGCAGGACAACACAGGAGGGAUUGCAGCGUCGAUCAUCGUGGUCCUGCUGUUGAUCGGCACAUUGAUUGGCUUGCUGAUUUACUACCUCCGAACCCGACAGAGAGUCAAGGCUGCGCCUGGUUCAUCAUCAUCACCAUCACCAUCACCUCCCACAGCUGGUUUCAGUAAUGACACAUACGAAGCAAAUGUUGAACAGGACCAUGUGACGGUUUCAUCAGUGCAAAACCAUCCAAUGGCAGCUGGCUUCAAUAAUGUCUCUUACUCUGCUGAUGCCAGAGAGAGGGAGGUGGCGUGAGGCAGGAGGAGCGGUGGUCCUGCCACCGAAAGGUGGCUUUGUGAAGUUAAGGCGAUAUCACAGCAGAAGAACUGCUUGUGUCGCCCUUACAUGGCAUGCACACACACACACACACACACACACACACACACACACACACACUCACAGGCACAAAACAGGCACAGCUCACAUAAAGAAACAGCGAUGAAGGCCUAGUAGGUGCAGCUGCCUCAGAACUGGUGGAUCUCCUCCAGAGUCGCAGCUCUCUGCCUGUGAGAUGGAGAUGGAGAUGACGGAUGGAAGUCAGAAGGAGAACGUCUAACAUGUCAUUGAUGGAAAUUAGUUUAACUUCCUUUAAAUCAAGACUGGGUAUAAUUGAUGAAUGGCAAAAAGGUUGCAUAGAGAUUCAGGAUCAAUUCCAGAUCUGUUAAGAAGUUCAAACAGUUUCAGGUCCAGUGCAACACUGAAUCAUGUUUGUCAAGUUGGAGAACUCAGCAGGCUGGGCUCCUUUCUUGAUGGACACUGCAUGUUUACAACAGAAAGCCUGAACUGGGGGGAUGGAACCUGAAAGACAUGAGUUUACCAGGGGAGGAGGGUCUCGACUCACAGGAAGGACCGAAGGUCAGAAUAUCUCCAGCUCUCAUCUGUCUCUAGAGGAAGUUGUGUAGUGCUCCUUUAAAGAGAAAGAAGAAAAAGAAGAAAAGAAUGACUUUAAACACACAGAUGAAACUUAGAAAAGUAGAAAACCCAUAGAAAGGUUAGGG